CCCCCCCCACUUCCCAAAAAACUGAAUCCCUCCCCCUCUUUUUGUACUGAUGUGAUCUGUUCUAACCGUUGUGUGUUUCUAACACGGUGUGCUCUGUGUCCACAUUUUUGCAGACGGCAUCUCCGAACUAACAUGGCAGUCAGGCUGUGUGAUGUGGCUUCUCUGCUUAGAAGUGGCUCGUGGGCGGCCGAGCCUUGGACCGGGCAGGUAAUUGCUGCCAUGGAAACACAGCUCUCGAACGGGCCGUCGUGUAACACGAGCAACGGUCCGAACCAGAUGAAUAGCUGCUCCUCACCAGUGGAGUCGAGCGGCAUGGAGGACAGCAAGACGAACCUGAUCGUGAACUACCUGCCUCAGAACAUGACCCAGGAGGAGCUCAAGAGCCUCUUUGGAAGCAUCGGGGAGAUCGAGUCGUGCAAGCUAGUACGAGACAAGAUCACAGGUCAGAGUCUGGGUUACGGAUUUGUGAACUAUGUGGAUCCUAAAGACGCCGAAAAAGCCAUCAACACUCUGAACGGACUGCGACUGCAAACCAAAACCAUCAAGGUGUCCUACGCCCGUCCGAGUUCGGCCUCCAUCAGAGACGCUAACCUGUACGUGAGCGGUUUGCCCAAGACCAUGCCGCAGAAGGAGCUGGAGCAGCUUUUCUCUCAGUACGGACGCAUCAUCACCUCCCGGAUCCUCGUCGACCAGGUUACAGGCGUGUCUCGAGGUGUGGGUUUUAUCCGCUUCGAUCGACGCGUCGAGGCCGAGGAGGCCAUCAAGGGGCUGAACGGGCAGAAGCCUCCCGGAGCCACCGAGCCCAUUACUGUGAAGUUCGCCAACAACCCGAGUCAGAAAACCAGCCAGGCUCUGCUCUCUCAGCUCUACCAGUCUCCGAACAGGAGAUACCCAGGACCACUCGCCCAGCAGGCUCAGAGAUUCCGGCUGGACAACCUGCUGAACAUGGCUUACGGAGUGAAGAGUAGGUUUUCUCCCAUGGCCAUCGACGGUGUCACCAGUCUGGGCAUUAACAUCCCCGGUCACGCCGGUACGGGCUGGUGCAUCUUCGUCUACAACCUGGCUCCCGACGCAGACGAGAGCAUCCUCUGGCAGAUGUUCGGGCCGUUCGGCGCCGUGACGAACGUCAAGGUGAUCCGCGACUUCAACACGAACAAGUGCAAAGGCUUCGGCUUCGUCACCAUGACCAACUACGACGAGGCGGCCAUGGCCAUCGCCAGCCUGAACGGCUAUCGCCUUGGAGACCGCGUGCUGCAGGUCUCGUUCAAAACUAACAAAACGCACAAGGCUUAAUGGCCAGCGUUUCUCACUGAUUCUACAAUGAGUUUGGGAGCGGGGUGUGAGACCUGUUUAAACUUUCUCAGACACGUUUGCAAAUCAGUGUUAUAAAGGAAAACUGUUUGUGGGGUUUUUUGUUUUUUUUUUUUUUCCUUCUCUUUUUUUUUCCUUUCUUUUCGUACAAUUCUCUGCUGGUCUUUAAAAAAAAAAAAAAAGUGAUUAAUAGCAUGCGUUGGGUGGUGACUGUGCCCAUCUUUUUAUUUACAUUUUUCCUCUCUUUAGUUUUCUUAUUUUGAGCCAUUUUCAAUGUUUAAUAUUGGAGAGAGAGAAAAAAAAAAAAAAGCUUUGGUAACCUUUCCAUGUUUAGUUUCUCAUACUGAGUUCAUUGGCUGCAUAAAUGUUACUGUUAAAUUGAGGAAACAAGCAAACAACAAAAAAAAAAAGACAAAGACAAAAAAAAUUCUUAAAGCGGUACCUUGCCAAAGAGCUACAAACCUCUUUGAUGUGGGUUUAAAAAAAAGUGUCUAUUUUUAUAAAAAGAGAAAAUUUGGAGAAACUUUUUACUGGACAUGGAGCAAAAUAUUUUGACUUUGAGAAAAACUAUCUUCAUACGACACCCUGUGAGAUUUUCACACUUUACCAGACUUUACCAGUUUGCAGAGUUAGAAAUUUCUGGAACGAUUUAUUGAAGACAAAGAUCGUCUUUUGAGGUCUUUGUGUUCCACAGCUUGCGUUUGGAUUCGAUAUUUUUGAGACGCAGGUCGCCAAAACGUGAAGGUUUUAUUACACGCAGAUACAGACACACACACACACACACACACACACACACACACACACUCUCACACACACACACACACGUGUGCAUGCAGGAUGAUGGAGGGAAUCUGUAGGUUGUGAGCGAUUUGGGUGAAUCGGUUCUUCCUUAACAGUUUCCUUCUUAAAAAGGGUGGGAGGGGUCUCAGUGCUGUAUUUAGUAUCUUGUUAAACACUUUUGUCUUUCUAAACGCAGACAGAGGUUUUAGCUGCUCUGAACGAAGGAGAGCGGGCCGACGACGCCUGCGAACAGAACAAAAUCGACUGAGAAUGAAGUGUUUGAAGGGAGAAGAGCUCCUGAGUUAAUACCUUACUGUAAAUAAGUACUUUACGUUGAGUAAUGUGUAUCGUUUAUUAUUUUUUCCCCAAGCAAGUGUUUUUGUUUUUUUUUUUGUUUUUUUUUGUUAAAGUACGUAGGGUAAUUUUUGUUAGCUAAUAAUUUGGUUUGCCUCUGAGAGUUGUUUAGUUGAGAGACUUUGUUUGAUGCAUUAUUACUGUAUCAGAUUUGUUGGUGGUUUUGUCCGUAGAUAGUCCUGCUUCUGCGAAAUGCUAGGCAUUUGAGGUUUUUUUUUUUUUUUGAUUAUUUGUUUGGUUUUUUUUCUUCCUUCCUUCAGGUUUUUUUUUUCUUUCUUUAAUCUAUAUAUUAUAAGCAUUAAAUAUAUUUGUGGUUAAAAAUUGAAGAGCCACAGUUUUGAACAAAUACUUAUUUGAUUUAGUUUUUGUAUUCAUGUUACACUCAAUACAUAAUAUAACCCAUUUUAAAAUAAAAAAAAAUAAAAUAAAAAGUGUAUAUUGCUUAAUCUUCAUGAGGGGAGCCUGACUAGGCUUUUCCAUGACCGUAGCAACACAAUGGCGUGUUUUAUUCUCCACUAACUGAAGGAAAGAGCCUUUAUCAGUGCAGUUCAGGCUCCCCGGAUGUGUGGCAGUGUGCUAUGCAUUAUUUAUUUUCCUUCUUUCUCUUUUUGGCUGUUUAUUAUUGUUUUGUUUUUUGUUUGGUUAUAUUUUCAUUGAUGAACUGUGGCUUUGUGCUGCUUGGGGACAGGGAGAGCUUUUCAUGUCAUGUAGGGUUUAGUUUUCUGUUUUUUAACUUUUUUUUUCUUCUUCCCGUAAACCACUGCAAGGCAGAGACUCUUCAGCUGCUAGUGUUUUAAACACGGCUAAAUUUGAGCUCGGAUCCGUCUGUGGCGUGAAAAGCCUCCGUGUCCUGUCUGUAGUCUCAGUUCUGUAGUGUGCGUUAUUUAUUUAAAGUUGUACAGUAUAACCUUAUUCACAGCUGAGUUUUGAAUUUUGGGGUAUAUAAUCUUUUUGUUCAGUAUUUAAAAGAAACAGUAUUACUAGAUGAUGUACAUGUUCUUUUGCUUUCUUUCUUUUUUUUUUUUUUCCUCUUGUGUUUGGAAUACUUUGUAUUUUUUCAUGUUCGGUACAUCAAUAAAUAAAUUGAAGGGAGCUGUGAUAGAAUUGCUCUUCACUGUGUUUUAUUGCACUUCCUUUCCCUUAGUUUAUUUCCUUUCUUCUUUACUGUCUGCCUUUCUUUGCCUUUUUUCCUUUUUUUCCCCCACACUCUUUCUCUGUUCUUUUUGGCUUACUACUUUUCCUUUCUUUGCUUCCCUUUCAGUCCUAUUCAUCUGAUUGCCUUUUCUUUCAGUCCCUGUCCUUUCCCAUCUUCCUUUCGGUCCCUUUCCUUUUCAGUCCCCUUCUUUCCAUUCUUCUUCCUUUCCUUUCAGUCCCUUUCCUGUCUUCAUCCUUUCCUUUUGGUCCCCUUCCUUUCCUGUCGUCUUCCUUUUGGGUCCUGUCUUCUUCCCUUCCUGUCCUCUAAAAUGCAUAAAAGUUGAUGGGUCUGAUCGAAUCUUGUUUAAAAAGAUUAUUUUAAAUCUCAGCACUGACCUGCACCACCUACAAUUCCACUUGUCAUCCUAUUGUCUUUGUUAGUCUUCUUUCUUUUUCCAUCCAUCUUCUAUACCGCUUACUCCUUCUUCAGGGUCACGGGGAACCUGGAGCCUAUCCCAGGGAGCAUCGGGCACAAGGUGGGGUACACCCUGGACAGGGUACCAAUCCAUCGCAGGGCACAAUCACACACGCGCUCUUGCACCCAUUCAUACACUACCAUGCAUGUCUUUGGACUCGGGGAGGAAACCGGAGUACCCUGAGGAAACCCCUGCAGCACGGGGAGUACAUGCAAACUCCACACCCACAGGGCCACGGUGGGAAUCGAACCCCCGACCCUGGAGGUGUGAGGCGAACGUACUAACCACUAAGCCACCGCGUGCCCUUCUUUCUUUUUCUUCUUCUCCCCCAUGGAACUUUUUGCGGGAAUGUUAAGAAAUUUGGCACAAAGAUGCAGGACACCCUGCUCUGUUAAUAGAGUGAAUUGAUUUUUUUUUUUUUUUUUUUUUUGGAUUGGGCAGCGGUGGCUUAGCGUUUAAGGCUGUGGGUUAUUGAUCGGAAGGUUGGGGGUUCAAGCCCUGGUGCUGCCACUGAGCCCUGGAACUGUUGGGCCCUUGAGCAAGAUCCUUAACCCUCUUCUCCAGGGAUGUUGUAUCAUGGCUGACCCUGUGCCCUGACCCCAACUUACUGGCAUGCUGGGCUAUGCAAAGAAAAUAAUUUUACAUAUAAUAAUGUAUAUGGCCCAAUGAUCAUUAAAUUUGCAGUCUCUAACUGAACCGCUCUAUGUUCAUGUUAAUAACUUUUUGAACCAUAAGGGCUAGAAAUUAAAAUUUUUUUCCUCCGUUUCCUUGGCAUAAGACGAUUGGAUUACACUCUGACAUCAUUUCCCACCAUUUAGAAUUUUCUGAAAAACCUACAAGCACAUUUUUGCUUAUAAGUACUGAACAGUUUCAAAUUGGCCUCACUGGAUUCAGCGGGGUAUUCAGAGUCCAACGGUGGGAAAAAUUCUGAUGUUGGCCAUUUUGAAUUUAAUCAUAAAAUGGCCGCUGUAUUUGACAAACGUCUAGGUGUAUUGUUAGGAAACUCGGUCUGUGUCUUUGGCACCGUGAUCUGAAGAGACUCGGCUGCAGGCCAGUGCCGCCUUGUGGUCAAAAAUGAUUGCGAUUUCUAAAAAUGCUAAUAGCUAUUGACUCGUUUUGCCUACUGUCAUGAGACUAGUCGUCUUCGAUUCCGUCGUUCACUUCAAGAACAACGAUACCAAUUAUGUAAUGAUGACGCGAACUUCCUGUCCGCCAUUUUUAAAUGUUUUGAGAACCUACUUUUUCCGAAAUCCUCCUAGACCGUUUGUCCGACUUGGAUGAAAAUUGACCUGCGUCAUCUAGAGGCACUUCCCGACAAAAAUUUAUUCACGGAAUUCUGAUAAACCAAAUCAUUUUCGAAUGGCGCUUUAACGAAUUCAACGGGGAACGCUCAAAAUAGAACUUGCGGCUGUGUCUCCGCAAGGCUUUGAGGGAUUGUGACGAAACUUGGCAGGCGUUGUCAUCAGGCCCUGAGGUUGCCUACAGUGUAUUGGCAUGCUGCCCCCUACAGGUCAGGAGAUGGCAAAAAAAACAACCUCUUGAAUGCUUUCCUGCAUGAUAACCAGAACAGCGCCACAUACUGGACAAAAAUUCUAAGUAGUUAUUUUGUUAUUUUUAAAUGGCUUCUUUAUGAUAUAAAAUAUACUUUUUCUAACUCGUCGUACACUGUUCAUCGGAUUCUGACCAAAAACAUGUCACAAAGCUUCUUUUGCUGCUCGUGGUGCUGAUUAAUUGGCUUGACCCUGGUAUUGCUGCUUGCAGCUGUAUUUUUUUUUCUUUCUCUCGUGCUCUCUCUCAAAAAGAAGUUUUUAAGCAAGCUAUUUUGUGUUCCUAAUUGUGGAGACAUUUUGAUUUCCUUUCAUGUCGAUUAAUGUUAUUAUGUGCGGCGUCUGACAUGCACUUAUUUUAGUUUUGUAACGAUCAUAUGAAGUAAGCUUUUGCUCUGGUUGUUUUUAAAUCCAGACACUGAGGAAUUUCUGUGGUUAUAUUUCGCUUUACUACAGCCUGCUUUUUAAACAGAAUCCCUCGAAGCGUUCCUGACGGAAGUGUGUACAAGUGUGCAUCUGGAAGCCUGUUCCUUGUUUAGUUUGCAGUUCUAAACGAAUUACUCCAUUAAAACUGCUGAACAGAUUGUCUAGAACAAACAUGUAAAAUGUAGCAAUCUAUUAAUCUUUAAAGUGGUUUUUUUUGUCCCCCCCUCUUACUUGUGUCCCAGUUUCGGUUGUUAAUUGCGGUGUGACGAGGUGGCGCCUGUAGCUCCUGCUGUGUGAAGGAGAAAGGAGCGGUAAUGGUGUAUUGAUUUUCCUCAUCGUGCUCCACUCGAAGCUAGCGUCCGUGCUUUCGAGUGUGUUCGGGAAAGCGCGUUAGUCAGCUGAUAUGAGCGCGAGUCACUGCGUAUGUGUGAUGGGGAAGGAAAAAGAAGCUUCUCACGCUCUGAUGGUGAAUAAAUGAACAGUCGUGGUGGUGGUCUUAACGUAUUUAAAGAGUGCUGGCUUUAAGUGAGCCGAGUGCGUGCUUAUCUCCCGAGCGCACGUUUUCUGCCAUCAUGCUAAUGAGUUGCCUUUUUUUAAGUUUCCGUGACUAUGUGAAAACCUGCUUUUUAUUUAUUUUAGGCUCAGCACUUGGAUGGGUUUUCAAAAUGUAUAUAUUUUAUAUAUUAUUUAUGGUUAACCAGCUGCAUUUUUUUUGUGUGAUUAACUACAAGAGAAAGUGGAGGAUGAAGAUAAGACGGUGGAUGAAUUUACUCAGAAAUGAGUUUAUUCUUAGCGCUAUAAAUAAGACGCUGUGUGUUCGGUAUUUAAACCGCCUCCGUGGCUGAUUUCUCUCUCGCUGUUUAUAUCUAUUUGUUGUACAGCAGCAGGUCAUAAAGUGACGCUGCAGCAGGGAGACGUUUCUCUUCUUUCUGCUCUGCUUUUAUAGCCAAUUUCAUAAAAACUGCAGGCAAGAUCACUCAUGGUCUCGCAAUAAAACACACACACACACACGGCACAUGAAGCUGAGACUUCAUGGCUUUGCUGUUCUCUCUUCUCCGAGUUGAAGUUACACAGUGUGUCUGCGUCUGAUUGG